ACCUUCAGUUUCCGCUUUUUAAUUCAAUCUCGCCGCCGUCCGUGUUGUGAUAUGAAAACUGUCGUCUCGUUUGGACCGGGUUUCAUUAAUAGACUAACACAUAAAGAUAGCGGGGCCGCGGAACGGAAAGGCUCCUCCUGUCAGCGCCAGGUUGCUGCUGUCUGUAAACAAAGUAGCUCGCUAGCAUCGUUAGCAUCAGCUGGUCAGCAGGAAGGAGACUGGACCUUGUUCGGCGAGCCUUUGUUUGCUCCAUUCUGGCGUGAGCUCCGACGGUUCUGGUUCUGGUUUGCCUCGUCGUCUUAUUAUGAGGAGUUUUUGCCUGUAAUAUUGGAGCUGGUGCGUUCAGGAAAAGAGAACCAGGACGUGUGCGGCUCCUGCAGAGUUGAGUCUGGUGACUUGGACCCACACCGAGUCUCGUGUGGAUGUUUGCAUGGAUGCAGCAGCUGUGACUGCAGAUUGAGGCAGCUGGCCUGAUGGAUAAAAGAGAGAGGAAGUCGGGCUAUUUUGCCUGGCGAAAACGGCAGCAGAUCGCCAAGCAGAGCCAAGUGGAGAAGAGUCCAGCUCUCAUCAGUGACCCCAACAAGAGGACGGACCCGCAGAGACUAGCUGCAAAGCUGCCAGCAGGCGAUGGGUGUAAAGUUAACAGUCAAUCAAAGCUGCAGAAGAAGAGGCCACCAGGAACGGUGGAGUAUACGGUGGGUCCGAAUGAUUCCCUCAACAGCAUCGCACUUAAGUUUAACAUCACCCCGAACAAGCUGGUGCAGCUGAACAAGCUCUUCUCUCACAGCGUCUGCCCUGGACAGAAACUCUUUGUCCCAGAUAUCAGCCAAUCAGAAUCUGACCCCAAGUCUCUGACGUCCUCCGACCCCUGCCUUACUAACGGCUUCUCUGACAAGCCGUCAAAUGAUGAAACUCAAGGCUGCAGGUCAGCAAAAUCCAUCUGUCGGAAGCUCUCCCCAAACUCUGAGGACGAGAGCCCGGCAACGGUUAAAUUCAUCAAGAUGAGCUGCAAGUACUUCACCGACGGCAUGGGGGUGGUUGGAGGUGUCCUGAUCGUGACCCCCAACAACAUCAUGUUUGACCCUCACAAGUCCGACCCGCUGGUGAUCGAGAACGGCUGUGAGGAAUACGGCCUCAUCUGCCCCAUGGAGGAGAUGGUUUCCGUGGCGUUGUACGAUGACGUGUCGCGUAUGAAGCUCAAAGACGCUCUGCCUUCAGACCUACCCCAGGAUCUGUGUCCUGUGUACAGGCCUGGUGAGUGGGAGCAGCUGCCUUCUGAGCAGGAGCUCAACCCAUUCAGCCGAUAUGAAGCGCUGGUUCCACGCCGACCAAUAGUCUUGGACGACAUUGAAUCUACACUCUCUGAAACCGGGAGCACAGCGGGGGACCAGACAGAGAAGUCUCCUUCAGAUGAAGGCUUUACAGAGCUGGAGCCCACCGUCAACGGGAGCACCGAGGAGGCUGAGGGGGCGCCCUCCAGAGAGCCGGAGGAGGGGUCGGGAUCAGGACGCUCAAACCGGGAGGACAAGUCCAUGCUCGGACAAACGGGGAAGGCUGAGGAUGAGGAGGACGAAGGCGUGGCUCAAAACAGCUCCAUCGAGGAUGGAGAGUCGAUACAUUCCAACUUGGAGAAACAGGGAGAGAUUCGUGAGGGAACGCUAACCAAAGAGGAACUGCAGAACAGGGUCGAUGAUAAAAUCAUCAGGAAGUUGACUCUUCAGGAGACUUCUGGGAUUCAAGGAAGGCCGAGACAAAGCAAAGAAGAGGAGAGACUCGGUGAGGAGGACAAACCGAAGAAAAGCGAGGACUCUGAGAUGAGGUCGUGGCUUCUGGAGAAGAUUCAGGCCCCGAUAGAAGAUAUGCUUUUCUCGUCCGAGGAGAGGAGCAAGAACCCCCCCAUGUUCCUGUGCUUCAAAGUUGGAAAACCCAUGAGGAAGUCUUUUGCCGCUGGCAGGACUUCCAGUCCGGCCCACUCCCUAGGGAGCUGGGGGAGGCAGCCGGAGUACUGGUUUGCUGUUCCACAGGAGAGGGCGCACGAUCUGUAUUCCUUUUUUGUCCAGUGGUCUCCUGAUGUUUACGGUAAAGAGGCUCGGGAGCAGGGCUUCGUGGUGGUGGAGAAGGACGAGCUGGACAUGAUCGACGACUUCUUCAGUGACCCCGCGUCCUGCAGCUGGGAGAUUAUUACCAUUGAUGAGGCCAAGCGCAGGCAGAGCUUCGGCAGCUGUGACAGAGACCUGUCUGCGGAUGCUCUGCCCAUGCUCCUGGACAGCAGUCAGCUGCUGGAGGACACGCACAUCGAGAAGCUGGCUUGCCGCCUGCCUGCUCGCGUGCAGGGAUACCCAUGGAGACUGGUCUACAGCACCGAGAGACACGGCAGCAGCUUGAAGACUCUGUACAGGAACCUUGUAGAUGUGGAGAGCCCAGUACUGCUGGUCAUCAAAGACAUGGAUCAUCAGAUCUUUGGUGGAUUUUCCACUGAUCCCUUCAGAGUGAGCGAGCACUGCUACGGCACUGGAGAGACGUUCCUCUACAGCUUCUGCCCAGAGUUAAAAGUGUACCGGUGGACAGGGGAGAACUCUUACUUUGUGAAAGGCGACAUUGACUCUCUUCAUAUGGGAGGUGGAGGAGGUCACCUGGGACUCUGGUUGGAUGCUGAUCUGUACCGAGGCACCACCACCAGAUGCGCCACCUUUAACAACCAACCACUGUCCUUCCAGCAGGAUUUCAGCAUCCACAGUCUGGAGGUCUGGGCCUUUGAGUAGCCCCACCUGCUCUAAGCUCCCUGUGCACUUGCUUUCUGAUCCAUGAAACCUUAAAACACCCCCAAAAUUGUAUUACGCACCAUAGCUGCCCACAAACGACACUGGGGGUUCUGCGAGACAAGUCCUGAAGUGGCUUGUGCGGGGGGUUCCAGCUCAUCCUAGCUUCAACCGAGGAUAGAGAGAACACGUUUGCUCCAGCUUCCCGAGCAUGCAGACUACCUAUCCACCAUGAACUCCAGAGGAGCCUAAACAUUACUGUUACUCUGAAAAGUGCUGGUUCCAGAAGAAUCCCCCUGUUCUUUGGUUGUAUCCUUGCAGAAACGAUUAACAUUUUCCAAUUAUUUGUAUGAACAGAAGAAAGAUAUUUAUUUUUUUGAGGAUCCAAAUGACCAGACAUGGUUGUAGAUCCUUGGCUAUUAAAUAAACUGUUUACAGUGAAGGGGUUUUCUCCCCUGAGGUCUGUCCUGGUCUUAUAGUUUAAGUUUCAGAGGACGAUUCCUGUUCUGUUCAUAGCCAAUCACUUUCAACGAUAAUGCGCUUAUGUUUUCAGUGACCAAACAUGAGCUUUAUUUGUUAGAAGCUCCUUAAUAUUUUUUAUUUUAUUUGUACAUUCAAUUUUUACAAAAAUGAUUCUUUUGUGUGAGUUAUUUUUUCCAAUUUUUAUAGACGCAUUUCUUUGAAUACAAAUACCAAUUUCUGGAGAAAAUUUGUCGCGUAUUUAAUUUUAUUAUCUUCAGCCGUUUAAUUUCCAGCCAGUAGAAGUUUCUUCUUAGGUUGCACUACAGAACGCGGGUGGAAAAACAAUGAAUUGACUGCAGGAGGAAACCACCGCAGCUGCUCCUUCACUCACUAAAGGAUGUAGAGGGGAUCCUGCUUUUGCACUUUCAUACUUCACUAACUCAACAUCCACUAACGGAAGUUUUUCAUUAGAGUUCUUUUUGUGGUAGGAGCUGGCGUGAGCAUGAUGGGAAACGUGCGACAGGACUUCCUGUUUAGAGAUGCCAGUAAUGCUUCAUGUGGCCAUGAGAUUUCUUUUAAGUGUUUACUGUUGUAACUGUGAAUGCUCAUAAGUAUUAUUUCCUGUGAUGACACCAAGGAUCUAUUUAUUGCGUUGUUGCAAAUACAUUUCAACUUAAAUAAAUGUUAUAUAUCUACAUGCAUAAAAGC